GUGCUCGUAGAAUAAGUUUUACCAUAGUAAAUACAGUACUUUGCUGGGGAUAUUGUUGGCUAAUAGUUGUACAACCGAAGGUUAAAAUCCGUUGGCUAAGUGUGAUGAUUGGAUAAUUCGACUCUUCCUUGUUACAACGAUGCCGACCGAAUGGACGAUAAUUCUGAUCUCAUCUCUGGCCGUCCCUUUGACCACAGCAGGCAUAUCAUGGGGAACCACAUUCUCCGCCGUGAACGGCAUAAUAAACGGCGGUUCACUCAUGCAGAAAACCAUAGCAGAUCUGCAGACAUUCGGUGACAUGGACUGCUGGCGGAAUGUUGUCAUCGUAAUCCAGAAUCACUUUGCUCCUCCGUCGACGUGCGAAGUGUAUCCGUGCAUUGAUUUGGCGCCUAAUGUGACGGACCUUUCCUUGGCCAUGACCCGAGCCAUCCGUCAGCGUUCGCUGCAUUACGAGGAUUUCUACGCGUAUUACGGCAGAAACCGUAUCAUUCCACAACCCACCAUUCGACCCGGACAACAGGAAGCUUGUGGAUUCUCCAAGUACUGGCACCGCGCGGAAGGCACGAGCGGGGUGCUGCGCUACCGGUUCGAUGGGUACGGACGGGCAGUGUGCAUCUAUAUUGCCUGGGGCGUCAUCUGGCACUCGGGGUCUAACCGCUACGGAAUUAUGCUUACACAAGCAGACUCCGGGGGGAGCUGUGAGAGCGAUCGGAGUCUGAAGGACACCUUCAAAGACUGCUUUUCGUAUCGCGAUGGAUCGGGUGGUCCGCGUUCCUGUCACUGGUCGAAGCGCGUGCGACGCGCCGAUGCCGGCGGGAGGAUCGAUGUUAGCGGGUACGGAUUGCAAGUUUUGGCCACGAUGGGGAAUAAUGAGCGGGAAGUUUUUAAAGUGGAAGUGUGGCCUAAUUAGAGGUGAUAAAGGUUUUGUGUUCAUAAAAAUGAUAGCCAACGGGUGCACCGCUCCGACCCAGGCGCUACGACUUCGUAUGCAUUUUGCCACGUUGGCUCUGUCGCAGUGCAGUUUUGAGUCUUGUACCCUGUCCGCUCGCAAUUUUCUGAACACAAACAAAAACUGUCGCGAGCGACUGAACGUAAUUAAUCUUAUUGCAUGACUGUACGAUCAUAGUUACUUAAGGUGAGUUUCCACUCAAAUAUGCCCAUUUUAUAUUACACAGAAACCGAUAGAGAAAUCAUUUCUCUCCCCGCCGAUGUAAUUUACGUCUAUAGUAAAAAAUUGUGUAAAAUUACAGACGCUAAAAACAAUCACAGGUCUGAAGUUUUUGCCACGGCUUUCAUCACCGCGCAGAAGAGGAAUAUCUCUGUUCUGGUGACGGGAAGCCUGAUAAACAUUCCGGCUCAGCCAAGACAAUCCGUGACCCGAUGAGGCCAGCCUGGCCAGGACUUACAACAGGAUGCGCAGCACUCGCACCAUGAACAAGACAGCUGGCCAGCACAGUCUAGCAUUGUGCCCCGGUCGUACUUCGUGUUCGAAGCCUUUAAAACAGUUCUAAUCAAAAAAUGUGUUAACAGUAUGAUCGCAAGCUGUUCUAAGCACCUUUUUCUUAGAACAAAAAACUAUGACCACUC